AUGAAUAAAGAAGCACUUUUCUUCAGCAGCAAAGAAAAAGAACUAAUUGAAAGACCUUUACAGAGCACUAAAAGCCACAAAAACAAUAAUAUAUCUUUUGAUGAGGUUUAUGAGAUUGCAGAUACUCAGGAGUUUAUCUUAAGAGGAAAAUUUCAGCGAGUUGCUCUUCAGUUUCCAGACGAAUUACUAGGAGAUGCAAGUGAGGUUUCAGUACGGCUGAGUAGAGAUGUUCCAGCAGCGUUUUUUAUUCUUGGAGAUACAUCAUAUGGAAGAAAUAGCUGUUGUGUAGAUGAAAUUACAGCAGAACAUGUUAAUGCAGACUGUCUUAUUCAUUAUGGACAUGCGUGUUUAAGCCCAAUAGAGCGGUUGCCGGUGAAAUAUGUAUUUGGAAGACAAGAUCUAGAAAUAGAAAAGUGUUUGGAGGCAUUUGAAACGAUAUACCAGCAAGAAAGUUGGGUUAUUUUAACAGGAGAACAAUAUUAUGCAAAUGCACUAGAUAAAAUAUUGUCUGAAUUGUUAUCUCGUGGGUACAGUCAAGUGGUUCGAAAUGAGGAGGAAUACAGUAAAGAAUAUAUGGCAAAAGUAAUAAACGAGGAUAUUGUAGAAGCAAGGAGUUCAGGAAAACAGCUGGCAGCUAUAUAUAAGGAUUUUUCAGUGUUUUAUGUUGGAAAAGAAUCUCCUGCACUUACAACAUUUGCAAUGACAUGUCAUUUACAUGUUGCAUCAUUUUAUUCAUAUGAUCCAGUGGAACAUAAGGUUAUUCAUCAAUCACCGGAUACCGAUGCACGAUUACGUCGCCGAUACAUGGUGGUUCAGAAAGCAAGAGAUGCAUCUGUGAUUGGAAUUGUAGUUGGGACGUUAGGUGUUUCAAGAUACCUUGAAGUGAUACAGCAUAUGAGGAAAAUGAUUAAAGAAGCAGGGAGAAAAAGUUAUAUGUUUGUUAUAGGAAAAUUGAAUCCAGAAAAGUUAGCGAAUUUUGCAGAAAUCGAAUUAUUUGUAUUAGUGAGUUGUCCAGAAAAUUCAUUAAUAGAAUCGAAGGACUUUUACCGCCCCGUAACAACACCAUAUGAGCUUUAUCUUGCACUUUCAUCUAGUAUUUGGGACAAAAAAUGGAUUACAGAUUUUUCAAGCAUACUUUCUUUAAAACCAGAAGAAAACAACUCUUUAAAUGAAAAAAACGAACCACAUUUUUCUUUAGUAACAGGUCGUCUUAUGCAGCCGUCGAUUGUAAAAGAAGAACAAGUACAGAUAAAGGAGGAGUCUUCACUGUGCAAUAGUCAAGAUGUAAUAAAAUCAAGUGAACAUAGACAGCUAUCAGUCAUCCAUCGUGUUCACAGUGUAUCCGCAGAUUUCCAUAAAAACGAAAGAAAUUGGCAUGGUUUGUCAAAAAUCAAAGCACAAACUCAAGCAGCUCCACUUGAGAUUGGCAAAAGUGGAAUUGCAUGUCAAUAUCAAAAUGAACAUGAGCAUUAA